AUGUCCAAGUUCGGAGUUCUGGUCAUGGGCCCCGCGGGGGCCGGCAAGACCACCUUCAGCAAUGCACUCAUCCAACACUGCCAAAGUACGCGCCGCAGCUGCUUCUACGUCAACCUGGACCCCGCCGCCGAGAACUUCGCCUACGCGCCCGAUCUCGACAUUCGCGAGCUGAUCACCCUCGAAGAUGUGAUGGAGGAGCUGCAUCUAGGCCCCAAUGGUGGUCUCAUUUACUGCUUCGAGUUUCUACUCCAGAAUCUGGAUUUCCUGUCCGAAGCGCUCGAUCCGUUGAGUGAAGAAUACCUGAUUAUUUUCGACAUGCCCGGUCAAAUCGAGCUCUACACGCAUAUUCCCCUCCUGCCCUCCCUUACACAAUAUCUCUCCCGUCAAGGGCCUUUGAACAUCAACCUCUGUGCCGCCUAUCUCCUCGAGAGCACAUUUGUCGUCGACAAGGCUAAAUUUUUUGCUGGUACUCUCAGCGCCAUGUCCGCCAUGUUGAUGCUGGAGAUCCCGCACGUGAAUAUUCUGAGUAAAAUGGACCAGGUUCGGGAAAUGGUCUCGCGACGGGAACUACGACGAUUUGCCAAUGUCGAUGUACAGCUGCUUCAGAGCGACGAGGAAGACCCUUCAGUGAGCGCCAACCCUAUGGCGAAGGAUGCGCUCAUGAGCGGCGGUUCGUUCAAACAAUUGAAUCGGGCAGUAGCACAAUUGAUCGAUGACUUCAGUAUGGUCUCGUUCUUGCAACUGGAUGUUCAGGAUGAGGAUAGCGUCGCGGGCAUCCUCAGUCACAUCGACGAUGCGAUUCAAUACCACGAAGCUCAAGAGCCAAGGGAUCCGAAGGACGAGCAGGAGGUUAAUUAUGAGGAGGAGUAA